AUGGACGAGUCUGUGAAAGAGGAGAAAAAGGAGGACGCAGCCGGCGACUUAUAUGCGCUCUCGCUAAACGGUGACCGGGAUCAGACAUUCCGCGCUAGCCGCGUCACGGGCUCACGCUCGAUCGAAGUGGCGCUGGCAGAAAUUCAGAUCAUCAAGCACAAUGUCUAUGUCCAGCGUAAAGAGCGCUCGCUUCCUGAGGUACUUGCAGUAUAUGGCAACACCCGCUGA